AUGCUUUUGCCACCGUUUGCCAUCCUCCUCGGCGCUCUGUCACUUGCCUCGCCAUGCUACUGCGCACCAGCGACAUGUCACGGUCAGGGUCUUACUCUGGCACAAUUGCAGAAACAACAACCCCGGCAGACUCUACCGUCGAACAGCAAUGCCACGCUGCAGCAUGUCGGUCUUGGCAUCGGCGUCCAAAACUACACCUGCGCUACUACGACGGCUUCGCCGCAGGCGGUCGGGGCCAUCGCCUCCGUCUUCGACAUUACCCAGUACAAGCUGCAGUGCGGGCAGACGCCGCCAGGUCUUACGGCAAGCUACCUCCGAGCGUAUGAGCGCUUGAAAUGCCAAGCAUCGCAGAACCUGGAUGUCAACAAUUGUCAGCUCAAGGCCAACUAUCGAUUCUUCGAUCAUCUCGGGCAUCACUGGUUUGGGAUCGUCGAUGGUCAAGGGACACCAUUUUUCAGCGUCCCAGGGCGCGGUUUCCUCUCGGCUCAGAAGACCGGAGCAGCCGAAGCACCCGCAGACGCCUACGGCGGACAGACCGGGUUUGGUGCAGUCGACUGGUUGUUCCUACCUAGCGACGGCUCGCCGCACAGUCAGGUGUUCUCAGAGGUGUACAGGAUCGACACAGCAGGCGGGGCACCAGAUCCGAAUGGUUGCGGCGGUGGGAAGAAAGUACUAUCUUACAAGUACGCGGCCGAAUACUGGUACUACGUAUAG